CAAGAAAAAGCAGAAGAAAAUUAUUAAGAGAGAAACAAUAGAAUUAGAUUUAUGGGAAAAGAUAGUAAUUACGUUCCUUUAUUUGAAACAAAGGGAGCAAAAGGACGUAAACUUUAUUGGGUAUAUGCAAUCUCAGUAUUAAUUGGAAUACUCUUUAUAUGCUUUCACAGAGUGAAUAACGUACCGACAAUUAAAGGAAGAUGGGGUUGGAUUGGUUUGUUAAUGGCAGAAGUUUGGUAUAUAUGUUACUGGAUCAUAACUCAGUCACUUCGAUGUAAUGCUGUUUAUCGUCAUACUUUCAAGGAUAGGCUCUCUCACAGAUUCAGGGACGAGGAGCUACCGAGUAUAGACAUAUUUGUAUGCACAGCAAACCAUGUGAAAGAGCCGCCAUCUAUGGUGAUAAACACAGUUUUAUCUCUAAUGGCUUAUAAUUAUCCACCUCAGAAGAUGAAUGUUUAUCUCUCAGAUGAUGGUUGUUCUGAGUUUAUGUUCUUUGCUCUAUUUGAAGCUUCUGAAUUUUCCAAAAAAUGGCUGCCAUUUUGCAAGAAAUUUAAAGUACAAACACCUUCACCAGCUGCUUAUUUUUCAAUGAAUAAUCAUGAAUUAUCAUCAACUGAUGAGUUUAUUUCCAUCAAGAAGCUAUACGAAGCUAUGAUUAAAAGGAUUGAUGAGACUACAAGGCAAGGCCAUGUCCCUGAAAUGCUGAGAAAACAACAUAAAGGAUUUCGAGAGUGGAAUUUCAUUUCAAGCAAACAAGACCAUCACACUAUCAUCCAAAUAUUAAUUGACAAAAGAGACAGUAGUGAAAAUGUGGAUGUGGUAGGACAAAUUUUGCCAACUUUAGUAUAUCUGGCAAGAGAGAAGAGACCCCAACACCACCAUCACUUCAAAGCAGGAGCCAUGAAUGCCUUGAUAAGGGUGUCAGCAAGAAUAAGCAACAGUCCAAUUAUUCUGAAUGUGGAUUGUGACAUGUACUCAAACAAUUCAGAAUCAGUGAGAGAUGCCUUGUGCUUUUUCCUAGAUGAAGAACAAAGUGAUGGUAUUGCUUUUGUACAAUAUCCUCAGCAAUUUAGUAAUAUCACCAAGAAUGAUCUUUACAGCAAUUCUUUACGUCUAAUCACUGAGGUAGAGCUUCCAGGAUUAGAUGCAAGUGGAGGACCUUUGUAUAUUGGUACUGGCUGCUUUCAUGGGAGAGAAGUUCUGUCCGGAAAGAAAUACAGUAAAGGAUCCAAGAUAAUAAAUUACAACAAGAAAGGAGUAUACAACAAGAGAGAAUACAGAGAAACUAGUGAUAUGCUCGAAGAAACAUGCAAAAUUCUUGCUAGUUGCUCAUAUGAAGAAGACACUCAAUGGGGUAAAGAGGUAGGAUUGAAGUAUGGUUGUGCUGUAGAAGAUGUGAUUACAGGAUUAGCAAUACAAUGCAGAGGUUGGAAAUCAGUGUACUUCAAUCCAGAGAGGAAAGGCUUCUUAGGUCUUGCUCCAACAACACUUUUGGAAACUCUAGUACAACAUAAGAGAUGGGCAGAGGGUAAUUUUCAGAUAUUCCUUUCAAAAUACUGCCCUUUCAUCUACGGCAAAGGCAAAAUCCCACUCAAACUUCAGAUUUCAUACUGUAGCUUCUUGCUCUGUGCUCCAAAUUGGAUGCCUACCUUAUAUUAUACUAUUGUCCCUUCGUCUUGCCUUCUCCAUGGCAUCAGCUUGUUUCCAAAGUUGUCAAGCCUCUGGAUGCUACCAUAUGCACAUGUUGCCAUUGCCACUACAACAAAUAGCUUAGUAGAACAUCUAUGGUGUGGAGGCACAUUGAAAGGGUGGUGGAAUGAUCAGAGACUCUGGCUAUACAAGAGAUUGACUUCUUACCUAUUUGCCUUCUUUCAAACCAUCUUUACCUUGGUAGGCUUCACCAAGUCAGGUUUUGUAGUCACAGCAAAAGGUUCAGAUAAUAAAAAUGUAACUCAAAGAUAUGAGCAAGAAAUCAUUGAGUUUGCCACUACUUCCUCAUCAUCAACACCUAUGUUCUAUGUUUUAGCAACCAUAGCACUGUCGAACCUUUUCUGUUUUGGAGAUGUCAUGUUAAGGGUUAUUAUGGAUCGACAUGAGGCUGCAGUUAUUGUAGAAUCUCUUGGUAUUCAGAUUCUUUUAACAGGGUUAAUAGUAGUUGUUAACUUGCCUUUAUAUGAGGGGCUUUUCUUGAGGAAUGACAGGGGAUGUAUGCCCUUUGCUGUCACCUGUAGUUGUCUUGUCUUAGCUACCUUUUUGUAUCUGUUAGCCAAAUACUGAUCAUGUCAGACUUUUCAGUUCUCAGUUCAUGUCUGUACUCUGUUGUACUGUUGCACCACUCUAUGUAAUAUAAAAAGUUGGCGGUCCUA